AUGAACCCUGUACUACCAGAAAUAUCACUAGAGGGGCCAAAAGAGGAACCAAUUUUGAAUAUCUUUCAAAUUGCAUUCAAAUCCAUUCUGAUCCUCACCUUCCCUCAUUUCAUUUCAUCAAUCAUCAGCUCUGAUAUAGACUGCGAUUAUCAUUUCUACAUAUGUACCAGUGCAUUGGAAAGUUUAACUGCUAAAAGCGAAGUGUUUGUCCCACUUCUGAUAAAUGAGAUUAUACAUUGCGGAGUUGGUUCGUUUCACUAUUUACUAGAAGUACAGAAACAACAAGAAAAUGGAUAUGUUCACUCACUGGACCUACGCCGUCACCGCCAAAGACAAAGGCACUCUUGCUGA